AUGGUUCGGGAGCCAACCUUUGGUAAACUUGUACGAGUUGGUCUUCCGAACGCUCUGCGAGGCGAAUUAUGGGAAGUGUGCUCAGGAGCGAUCUAUUUGCGCUUCGCCAAUCAAGGCGUCUAUGAAGAUAUCCUACGAAAAUAUGAAGGUCAAACAUCGACAUCUACCGAAGAAAUCGAGAAAGAUCUCAACAGGCAAGUUGAACCAAUGAAAUCGCUUCCGGAAUACUCGGCGUAUCAGAAACCAGAAGGCAUCAACCGAUUACGACGUGUAUUGACUGCUUACUCGUGGAAAAAUCCGGAAUUGGGUUAUUGCCAGGCCAUGAACAUUGUCACAUCAGCGUUGCUUAUUUACACAUCUGAAGAACAAGCGUUUUGGAUCCUCAAUACCCUGGUAGAUCGCAUGUGUCCUGGUUAUUACAGGCAAAUGGAUGUCAGGCUGAUGCAUCAUUUUUACAGCACAUCGAUGUAUGGCGCACUUUUAGAUCAAAUUAUUUUCGAGCAAUUGGUGGAAAAGACGAUGCCGUUAUUAUGGAAUCAUUUCAAGAAGACCGACGUUCAAUUAUCCGUAGCAUGUCUACCGUGGUUCUUGAGUUUGUAUAUCAAUUCUAUGCCAUUGUUAUUUGCAUUUCGUGUCCUUGAUUGUUUGUUCAUGGAAGGGCCAAGAAUUCUAUUUCAAAUUGGGCUUGCUGUUCUCAAGUUAAAUGGCGAAGAAUUACUGCAGACAAAGGAUGAUGGAGCGUUCCUGGAUAUUCUCAAAGAUUUUUUCACCUCGUUGGAUAGCCCUACCGAACAUGAAACAAGCAGUGGAAGGAACAAGCGACUGACGUACCGGGAGUUUGCCAUGGUAACAGAUGAACUGGUGACGGAGCUGCGACGCACGAACCAGCUGAAAGUGGUGGCUGGAAUUGAAUCUUACACGAAGCGAUCGGCUAUUCGUCAUCUGAAUGACACGGCUGGAUUUAGCAAAGAUGAUAUCGCGACGGUGUAUGACAAAUUUUUUGGAGCACUGUAUUAUUCAAAGCAACAGGACGAUAAACCGGAAACACGGAUGAAUUUGGAUACGUUUCAACGCAUGUUGGCCAGCAUGACAUCAUGGGGAAAGCUCAAAGUGAUGGACGACACUUCAGAUGAGCAAGCCGUCAAACAAGUGGGAAGGCAAUUCAUCGCUAGGCUCUAUCAAUAUUUCAAGCUGGAUCAUGAACAAGGCAUCGAUUUCCAAGGAGCAGUAACUGGAUUAAGCGAAAUUUUGCACGGUGACUUGAUGUCACAUAUCGGAUUUUUUUUCAAGUUGUAUGACGAGGAUAAAGAUGGAUUACUUCGGAAUGCAGAUAUCAUUGCGAUGGCCAAAGAGCUGUUGUGGCUCUUCCGAUACUAUAAACCGGACUUGGCUUGGGAUGCCAUUUGCAGUUUAGUGGUACACAGCGAUGAGCAAUCAGAAAUUGCCCGUGGUGAGGAACCCGAGGAAGCCGAGUUGGCCCGACAGUUGGCAGAAUUAACGAUGACUGAUCCAUCAGCGACGCCUGUGCAACGAUUCAGCCAACUCGAUGCGUCCUUGUCAUCCAAAACGGUGGAAAUUGCCGAACCAUCUUUUCGGAUGAUCAUUUUAACCAAUGAAUGUCUUGAGAUGUUUUUUGAUCACGGUUUUGUCGACACAUUCCGCUUGGUGCAAUCCACCACAGAACGAACCAAGAGCUUGGGUCGCGAAUUGUUUGAAAAUCUGUUUGCCGAAGGUAAAAAGUUGGCGACGGAUGUGCCGACCCCCACCGCCAAACUACGACCUUCACCUUCACCAUCCCCUUCCGCAUCACAACACACACACUCACCUUCUGUCUCGUCACCUUCUUCCGUGUAUAACCAAUCUCCUCCAUCCGAUGACAACAAAGAAAAGGCAAAGAAGCAAGAUAUGUCGGAUGAAGUCGAUUAUCUGUUUACCGAGCUGGGUCAUUUGGAUGUAUAA